AUGACCAAGCUCAUUCAUGUCAUUCUUAUCUUUUCUUUAGCUUAUGUGGUUCGAUCUGAUAGAACCCUGAAUACUUUCAAGAUUUUGCAUGCUUCUGGACCCGAAGCUAUUGCUUUUGAUCUGACUGGCCAAGGGCCUUAUACGGGUGUCUCUGAUGGUAGAGUUCUCAAAUUUGAAGGUCCUGGAAUUGGUUUUGUCGAAUUUGCUCAUGCUUCACCCCUCAGAACCAAGGAAAAAUGUGAUGGCACAGAUGAUCCCAAUCUAGGACCAAUAUGUGGUAGACCAUUUGGUGUGGGAUUCAACUACAGAACAGGUGAGCUUUACAUAGCAGAUGCUUUCUUUGGUUUGUGCAAGGUCGGGCCUGAUGGAGGCCUUGCAGAACAACUUGCUACAAGUGCAGAAGGUGGUCCUUUCAAAUGGCUUGAUGGUUUAGAUGUAGAUUCGACAACCGAAAUGGUCUACUUCACGGAUAUUAGCACUAAAUAUACUUUCAGAGAGCUGCCGCAAGCACUUUCAAGCGGUGACUCAACAGGAAGACUAAUGUCAUACAAUCCGAAGACAAAAGAGGUUCAGGUGCUGCUGAGUGGGCUUCAGAUACCAGGUGGUACAGGGGUCAGCAGGGAUGGUUCUUUUGUCCUUGUUUCGGAAUACACUGGACACAGAAUCCUGAAAUAUUGGUUGAAAGGACCAAAGGCCAACACAGCAGAGGCAAUCCUGAGCAUCCAUAGGCCAGAUAACAUAAAGAGGACAUUGUUGGGUGAUUUCUGGAUUGGAGCAAAUCUAAUUAUGCAACAGCCUGCUCCAAAUACGAUUCCCCAAGGAGUCAGAAUUAAUGAAUCUGGAAAAGUUCUUGAAACUAUCAAUCUUGAUGGAAUAUUCAGAAAUGAAACCAUCGCUGAGGUUCAAGAAUUUGCUGGUUCUUACUAUGUCGUGUCCAUUCGUCGCAACUCUGUUGGCAUUUGCAAGUGUUUUGUUGAAGAAAAUGGUAGAAAGUUGUUGGGUAUUAGGUAUGAUUGGAUAAAAGAAAACUGCAGCUAGGACUUCCAUAAUGCUCCAGUCAUGUAUUCCAUUUUUUUUUUGGUCGAAACGAUAGGAUGAGUCAUGU